UUGAUGCCUGUCUGAAAACACAACUGUCUCAGACAGGACUGUUACCAUGACUUCCUCUCCUAUUAUUGUGUUUUGUGCGGGUAUUAAGGCAGAUAGGGGAUAUGAAUAGUAAUAGUCGAGCAAAGAUGAGUUACGUCUGCGAUCAAGCACACUUAUCGGAGGAAACACAAAACGGAGGAAACAGACAGCAAAAUACUCUGCUGAGUUUCUUAAGACGGGGCCGGGACCGGUAGCACGAGAAGUCGAAACUAGCCUAUGGAUAGGCUACAAAGAUACGGAGACGACGUAAUGUCUUGCGCGGUGGAAUAACAAAUGAAAUGGACUGUAUUCCGUCGAAAGUUGAUUAUUAAAGAAAUAGAGCAAAGUGCAGUGAGCCGAUCGCUCUCUCUCAAACACACAAGGCGUCUACGGGACUGUAGAACCGGAGGGAGCCUCGUUUUUUUGCUGGUUUGCACACAUUUCUGAUCCAUGAGGUUCAAGUGGGGCACUUUAAAUGAUCUGAAGUAACAUCAGAAUGUUGUAUUUUUGUGAUUUACUCGGCCGUGUUUGGCACUCACCGAUCAUUCGGUUAUAUUUGUUGGCAUUUUCUAUAGCACCUGUGUUCUUACACCCACAAUGUUUGGAUUUCAAGCCCCCCUUCAGGCCUCAAGAUGAUCUCCAGUUCUGCGCAAUGUACAAGAACUUCGGCUGCUGCGACUCUGCCAAGGACAAGGAAUUGAUGGCUAAAUUCUAUAAGAUCAUGGACAAUUUCGACUAUUAUGGAUAUGCCAGCUGUGCUGGGUAUGUGCAGGACCUCCUCUGCCAGGAAUGCUCUCCAUAUGCAGCUCACCUAUUUGAUGCUGAGGACCCCAGCACCCCUAUCAGAACCCUCCCUGGCCUGUGCCCUGACUACUGUUCACAGUUCUGGCUCAAAUGCCGUUCCACCAUCACCUUGCUCUCCGACGACCCGCAGCUAGCCGAAGCCGAGCCGGACCAGGACCGCUUCUGCCAGCACCUGGAGCUGGAGGACCCAGACUACUGUUACCCACACCUUCUCAGCAACGAACAGCUGACACAGAACUUGGGCCGGGUCCGGGCCGACCCCGAGGGUUGCCUGCAGCUCUGCCUGGAGGAAAUAGCCAAUGGCCUGCGGAACCCUCUGGCCAUGGUUUACGCCAACGACGGAACACACCGCUUCUUUAUAGCAGAGCAGGUGGGUCUGGUGUGGACGUACCUACCCGACCGCUCCAAGCUGGAGAAGCCAUUCCUGAACAUCACCAAGGCCGUUCUGACGUCGCCCUGGGAGGGGGACGAGAGGGGCUUCCUGGGCAUGACCUUUCACCCCAACUACAAGUACAACAGGAAGCUGUAUGUAUACUACUCUGUGGAGAUUGGCUUCGAUGAGAGGAUCAGGAUCAGCGAGUUCCGCGUCUCUCCCAGCGACAUGAACGUGGUGGACCACGGGUCUGAGAGGAUCAUUCUGGAGGUUGACGAGCCUGCGUCCAAUCACAACGGAGGAAUGGUGAUGUUUGCUGAUGACGGUUACCUGUACAUUUUCACUGGAGACGGGGGCAUGGCUGGUGACCCCUUUGGGAAAUAUGGAAACUCUCAGAACAAGUCAGCUCUGUUAGGCAAAGUUCUCCGGAUCGAUGUUGAUGACAAUGACAGAGGUCCCCUGUACAGGAUCCCUUCUGACAACCCGUUCGUGCAUGAGCGCGGGGCGCGCCCUGAGGUCUAUGCUUAUGGGGUGCGCAACAUGUGGAGGUGUUCUGUGGACCGGGGGGACCCCCUGACUAAGGAGGGCAAGGGACGCAUCUUCUGCGGGGACGUGGGACAGAACAAGUUUGAGGAGAUCGACAUCAUAGAGAAGGGAAGGAACUACGGCUGGAGGGCCAAAGAGGGGUUCUCCUGUUAUGACAAGAAGCUGUGCACCAACAGCUCUCUAGAUGAUGUACUCCCCAUCUAUGCCUACCCUCACAAGAUGGGCAAGUCUGUGACUGGUGGCUAUGUGUACAGAGGCUGUGAAUACCCCAAUUUGAACGGCAUGUACAUAUUUGGAGACUUUAUGAGCGGGCGUAUGAUGAGCCUCCAGGAGAAUAAGAACACAGGUCAGUGGGACUACCAUGAGAUCUGUAUGGGCAUGGGUCUGACCUGUGCCUUCCCUGGCUUAAUCAACAACUACUACCAGUACAUCAUCUCAUUUGCGGAGGAUGAGGCAGGAGAACUGUACUUCAUGUCAACUGGAGUGCCCAGUGCCACAUCUCCCACCGGUGUGGUUUACAAACUGGUGGAUCCCUCAAGACGGGCACCGCCAAAGCAAUGCCACUAUGACCCACUGCCUGUCAGAGUGAAGAGCAAGCUUAUCAAAUUCAAACCAAAGGAAACAUUAACAGGAGUUGACCUACCGACCAAGCGACCAAAUCUCUCCCCGCAAGAAGAGCCCGUCAGAUCCCAUCCCACUGAGUCUGCAGUAAGCGAGUCCGACAAGGACUGGCUUCAGGAGCUCAUGGAUAUUCUGAAGGAGCAAGAGGCUGCCGCUGUCACCACCACACUUCCUCCAACCACAACCACAACCACAACCAAACCACCCAGGCACACACGACGGAAAAAUCGCAGGAAGAAGGGCAAGCAUCGGUUAGAGAGCGGGUCGGCAUCAGCAGUUGUGCCACAGAAUGGGGUGGUGAGACUGGCGGGGGACGAGCAGGGGCGGGACGACCGGGGGAGGGUGGAGAUCUUCGCCAACGGGGAGUGGGGAACGGUGUGCGACGACCUGUGGAAUACAAAAAACGCAGCAGUGGUUUGUCGACAGCUGGGGUUCCGGUUCGCCCUGAAGGCGUCCAAGCACUCGGAGUUCGGAGAAGGGAAGACUCUCCGGAUUCUUCUGGAUGAUGUACAGUGUGAGGGGACAGAGGAGAGCCUGCUGGGCUGUCAACACACAGGCGUAGGUAUGCAUAACUGUGCCCAUUACGAGGACGCGGGGGUGAUAUGUGGGAACUCAGACUACGUAGAUGCCUAGAAAUGAGAGCCCAUUGAAUUUAUUCCUGACUGUGUCCUAAGUGAUUGUAACUAAAACAAAGGAAUAUUGCUGUCUAACUUUUGUCUAAUUGUUAUCAAUGGUGGCACUUAUAGGUCUACCUCUUUCAUUAAGGUAAUAUAAUGCUGAUUUAAUUGUUGUGUUAAAGUCUUAAAAAUGUUUUAUUUGAAUGGAAGGUUUGCUAAUGCAAGACGUUGUCUUCUCUAAAGCAAAUUCAUCUAAACAGUAUUUCAAUGAAUGUAUAAGGAAUACCAGGUUAUUUAAUACUCACUCAUGAUCACAUACUGAAAUCAAUUAUCCAACCAGACUCACAAGAUAUGUGUUCAGUUGACAUGGACAAAACAUACAGUAUAUAUAUACAGUACCAGUCAAAAGUUGUGACACACCUUCUCAUUCAAGGGUUUUUCUUUAUUUUUAUUAUUUUCUACAUAGUAGAAUAAUAGUGAAAACAUCAAAACUAUGAAAUAACACAUAUGGAAUCAUGUAGUAACCAAAAAAGUGUUAAACUUCUUCAAAGUAGCCAACCUUUGCACACUCUUGGCAUUCUCUCAACCAGCUUCAUGGAAUGCUUUUCCAAAAGUCUUGAAGGAGUUCCCACAUAUGCUGAGCACUUGGCUGCCUUUCCUUCACUCUGCGGUCCAAUUCAUCCCAAACCAUCUCAAUUGGGUUGAGUUUGGGUGAUUGUGGAGGCCAGGUCAUCUGAUGCAGCACUCCAUCACUCUCCUUCUUGGACAAAUAGCCCUUACACAGCCUAGAGGUGUGUUGGGUCAUUGUCUUGUUGAAAAACAAAUGAUAGCCCCACUAAGCGCAAACCAGAUAGGAUGGCGUAUUGCUGCAGAAUUCUAAAUAAAUCACUGACAGUGUCACCAGCAAAGCACCCCCACACCAUAACACCUCCUCCAUGCUUCAAGGUGGGAACCACACAUGCGGAGAUCAUCUGUUCACCUACUCUGCGUCUCACAAAGACACAGCGGUUGGAACCAAAAAUCUCACAUUUGGACUCUUCAGACCAAAGGACAGAUUUCCACCGGUCUAAUGUCCAUUGCUCGUGUUCUUGGCACAAGCAAGUCUCUUCUUUGUAUUGGUGGCUUUAGUAGGGGUUUCUUUGCAGCAAUUUGACCAUGAAGGACUGAUUCACGCAGUCUCCUUUGAACAGAUGCCUUUGAGAUGUGUCAGUUACUUGAACUCUGUGAAGCAUUUAUUUUGGCUGCAAUCUGAGGUGCAGUUAAUUGCCGAUUUCUGAGGCUGGUAAUUCUAAUGAACUUAUCCUCUGCAGCAGAGGUAACUCUGGGUCUUUCUUUCCUGUGGGGGUCCUCAUGAGAGCCAGUUUCAUCAUAUCGCUUGAUGGUUUUUGCGACUGCACUUGAAGAAACUUUCAAAGUUCUUGACAUUUUCCGGAUUGACUGACCUUCAUGUCUUAAAAUAAUGAUGGACUCAUUUCUCUUUGCUUAUUUGAGAUGUUCUUGGUCUUAUACCAUAUAGGGCUCUCAACUGUAUACCAACCCUACCUUGUCACAACACAACUGAUUGGCUCAAACGCAUUAAGAAGGAAAUAAAUUCCACAAAUAUACUUUAACAAGGCACAUUUGUUAAUUGAAAUGAAUUCCAGGUGACUAUGAAUCUGGUUGAGAGAAUUCCAAUUGUGUGCAAAGCGGUCAACAAGGGAAAGGGUGGCUACUUUGAAGAAUCUCAGAUAUUUUAAUGCUCGGGGUGUAGUGGAGGAAGGAGUCAGACGCAGGAGACAGAGAGUUCAGAGUAGCGCUACUUCUUUAUACACCGACCAGGUGAAAACAGACGCCACUCAAAACUAAUGCCCUAAAACACAGGGGAACUAAACAGUCCCAAAAACAACUCACGUACACGAACAACCGUGACAUACAGGCGUGUACAAUGAGUACACAUAAAACAAUCCCGCACACCCAGCAGGUGGGAUGGCUGGCUAAUAAAGCCCAACUAAUAAACCUAAUUAACAACAGGUGUAACUAAUAAACAGACAAGGAGGGGGAGGAAAAGAUCAGUGGCAGCUAGUAGGCCGUUGACGAUGACCGCCGAGCGCCACCCGAAGAGGAAGGGGAGCCACCUUCGGUAGGAGUCGUAACAAAUAUAAAAUAUAUUUAGAUUUGAUUUAAAAAGUGGUUACUACUGGAUUCCAUAUGUGUUAUUUCAUAGUUUUGAUGUCUUUACUAUUAUUCUACAAUGUAGAAAAUAUAAAAAGUAAAGAACAACCUGGAAUGUGUAGGUGUGUCCAAACUUCUGACUGGUACUGUAUAUAGAGAGAGUUUGUGUUAAAGUCUUAUUGUUUUUUUCGUUGCUGUUUUUUUCGUUAUUUCACUUGCUUAGGCAAUGUAAACACGUCUUCCAUGCCAAUAAAGUGACUUUGGAAUUAAGUUAAGAGGGAGGGAGAGAGAGAGAUGGGAUAAAGGGGAAGAGGAAAUAGUGUGGAGUAACAGGAGAGGAUUAAGAGUGGGCAAAGUUAAAACUGCCAAUUCGAAGCCUGGAAUCCAAACGGAAUAUCGCUCUGUUUCUCUAUUCAGUGUGGUAGCCUAUUUGUCCCAAGUCAAAAUCAAAUCAAACUUUAUUUGCCACAUGCGCUGAAUACAACAAGUGUAGACUUUACUGUGAAAUGCUUACUUACAAGCCCUUAACCAACAGUGCAGUUCAAGAAGAAGAAAAUAUUUACCAAGUAGGCUAAAAUAAAAAGUAAUAAUAAAAAGUAACACAAUAAGAAUAACGAGGCUAUAUACAGGGGGCACCGGUACCGAGUCAGUGAGCAGUGGUACAGGCUAGUUGAGAUAAUCUGUACAUGGAGGUGGGGGCGAAGUGACUGGAUAGGUAACAAACAAACAGUGAGUAGCAGCAGUGUACAGCAGUCUAAUGGCUUGGAGAUAAAAGCUGUUGAGGAGCCUUUUGGUCCUAGACUUGGCGCUCUGGUACCGCUUGCCGUGUUGUAGCAGAGAAAACAGUCUAUAACUUAGGUGACUGGAGUCUCUGACAAUUUUAUGGGCUUUCCUCUGACACCGCCUAUUAUAUUGGUCCUGGAUGGCAGGAAGCUUGACCCCAGUGAUGUACUGGGCCGUUCGCAGUGCCCUCUGUAGCGCCUUGCGGUCAGAUGCCGAGCAGUUACCAUACCAGGCGGUGAUGCAACCGUUCAGGAUGCUCUCGAUGGUGUAACUGUAGAACUUUUUGAGGAUCUGGGGGCCCAUACCAAAUCUUGUCAGUCUCCAGAGGGGUAAAAUGUUUUGUUGUGCCCUCUUCACAACUGUCUUGGUAUGUUUGGACCAUGAUAGUUCGUUGGUGAUGUGGACACUGAGGAACUUGAAACUCUCGACCCGCUCCACUACAGCCCCGUCGAUGUUAAUGGGGGCCUGUUCGGCCACCUUUUCCUGUAGUCCACAAUCAGCUCCUUUGUCUUGCUCACAUUGAGGGAGAGGUUGUUGUCCUGGCACCCCACACUGCCAGUUCUCUGACUUCCUCCCUAUAGGCCAUCUCAUCGUUGUCGGUGAUCAUUUGUGUCAUCAGCAAACUUACUGAUGGUGUUGGAGUCGUGUUUGGCCACACAGUCAUGGGUGAACAGGGAAUACAGGAGGGGACUAAGUACACACCACUGAGGGGCCCCAGUUUUAAGGAUCAGCGUGGCAGAUGUGUUGUUGCCUACUCUUACCACCUGGGGGAGGCCCUCCAGGAAGUCUUUGAUCCAGUUGCAGAGGGAGGUGUUUAGUUCCAGGGGCCUUAGCUUAGUGAUGAGCUUCGUGGGCACUAUGGUGUUAAACGCUGAGCUGUAGUUGAUGAACAGCAUUCUCACAUAGGUCUUCCUUUUGUCCAGGUGAGAAAGGGUGGUGUGGAGUGCGGCUGAGAUUGUGUCAUCUGUGGAUCUGUUGGGGGGGUAUGCGGAUUGGAAUAGGUCUAGGGUGUCUGGGAGGAUGCUGUUGAUGUGAGCCAUGACCAGCCUUUCAAAGCACGUCAUGGCUACCGACGUGAGUGCCAUAGGUGGUAAUCAUUUAGGCUGGUUACCUUCGCUUCUUUGUGCACAGGGACUAUGGUGGUCUGCUUGAAACAUAUAGGUAUUAUAGACUCGGUCAGGGAGAGGUUGAAAAUGUCAAUGAAGACGCUUGACAGUUGGUCUACGCAUGCUUUGAGUACACGUCCUGGUAAUCCGUCUGGCCCAGGGGCUUGGUGAAUGUUGACCUGUUAAAGGUUUUGUUCACAUCAGCUACUGAGAGCGUUAUCAAACAGUCAUCCAGAACAGCUGGUGCUUUCGUGCAUGCUUCAGUGUUGCUUGCCUCGAGGUGAGCAUGAAAGGGAUUUAGCUCGUCUGGUAGGCUCGCGUCACUGUGCAGCUCGCGUCUGGGUUUCCCUUUGUAGUCCGUAAUAGUUUUCAAGCCCUGCCACAUCUGACGAGCACCCCAACAGAUCCACAUAUAAUGUACUCUCUAUUGCACUCCACACUGCCCUUUCCCACCUGGACAAAAGGAACGCCUACGUGAAAAUGCUUUUCAUUAACUACAGAUCAGCGUUCAACACCAUAGUGUAGGGUUCCCCAACGGGCCGCCCGCGUGUCAAAUGUAGUUUUCAGAAUUAAAAAAAAUAUAUAUUUUAGGGUGAAUUUUCAUUGUUGGACAUAAGACCAUCCAGUCAGGAUAUUUAUUUUUAUUGGCCCGCGACUGAAUCUAGUUGAUGAUCCCUGCCAUAGCUUAGAGAUGAGCUUGGAGGGCACUAAGGACCCUGUGACGGAACACCUCCCUUUGGAACUGGACUUCCUGACAGGCCGCCCCCAGGUGGUGAGGGUAGGCAACAAUACAUCCACCUCGCUGACCCUCAACAUGGUUAGUCCCCUGCUGCACUCCCUGUUCACCCACGGUUGCCUGGCCACGCACAACUGCAACACCAUCAUUAAGUUUGCCGGCGACAGGACGGUGGUAGGUCUGACCACCGACAACGAUUAGACAGCCUAUUGGGAGGAGGUCAGAGACCUGGCAACCUCUCCCUCAACGUGAACAAGAUAAAGGAGCUGAUCGUGGACUACAGGAAAAGGAGGGCCGAGCACUCCCCCAUUCACAAAAACGGGGCUGUUAUGGAGCAGGUCGAGAGCUUCAAGUUCCUUGGUAUCCAUAUCACUAAGAACCUAUCGUGGUCCAAACAAACCAACAUAAUCUUGAAGAGGGCACGACAACGCAUUUUCCCCCUCAGGAGGCUGAAAAGAUUUGGAAAGGUAGCUCAGAUCCUCAAAAAGUUCUACAGCUGCACCAUCAAGAGCAUCCUGACUGGUUGUAUCACUGCUUGGCACAGCAACUGCUCAGCAUCCGACAGCGAGGUACUACAGAGUGUAGUGCUUACGACCCAGUACAUCACUGGGGCUGAGCUUCCUGUCAUCCAGGACCUCUAUUCAGGCGGUGUCAGAGGAAGGCCCUAAAGUCAUAGGCUGUUCUCUCUACUACAGCAUGCCAAGCGGAACUGGGAGGCCAAGUCUGGGACUAAAAGACUCCUUGAUAAGGAGUUAUUAUGUUUUGCACUGACUCUCUUGCACAGUCUCGAUGUACACUCACUGGACUUUAAUUACACACUCACACAUACUACACUGACAUUCCAACACACACAUUAAUAUUUACGCACACACAUACAUUCACACUCUUCACAUACACUGUUGCUACUCUCUGUUUAUUGUCUAUGCAUAGUCACUUUACCCCUACCUACAUGUACAUAUUACCUCGACUAACCCGUACCCCUGCACUUUGACUCGUUACCGGUACCCCCUAUAUAUAGCCUCGUUAUUGCUAUUUUAUUGUGCUACUAUUUUUUUCAUUCAUUUAUUUAGCAAAUGCUUCUUACUUAUUUAAAAAAAAUGCAUUGUUGGUUAAGGGCUCGUAAGUAAGCAUUUCAUAGUAAGGUCUAAACCUGUUGUAUUCGGCGCAUGUUUGACAAAUACAAUUUGAUUGGCACCUGAUUUUAUCUAGGCCUACUUUUAAUGUAAGAUGUCCUUGAGUGCCCUGAAAGGUGUCCGACAAAUAAAAUAUAUUAUCGUAAUUAUCAAUGCUAUAUACAGAGCAAAAGUUGUGGUUAUAGUAUCAAAUUCAGCAGUCUGAAAUAGCCCAAAUGUACCACUUUUCAAACUCCUAAGUCAAUGACACCCUGCUCAUAUGAAUCAGGCUGUUGUCGUUGUGAGAGUGACCCCUCUUCCGCUUUGACCAGGGUCAUUGAUAUGCCAAGCAUUGAGUAACACAGCUAGUGCCAGGCUUUCCCUGCCAACAAGAGACAGAGUGUGUGUAGUGGAAAGAAAUGCAACCUGUAGAUUUUUUAAAUUCACUCGACUUUAUUGAUGUUGGCUCUGACUCUAUGGCACUCAGUCUGUAGUCAAGUAUGUAUCUAUGAAUUUGUGGAUUUAUUUACAUUCUGCUUUACACUAAUUAUGCUUUUGAGCUCUGGGUCCACAAAAACUGGCUAAUAAAGUGUUUAUUCUCCA